AUGGCCACCUCGAUCCUAGAGCGCGGCGUCAGGGGCCUGCGGCCCCCGAGCGGCCCCGAGGCCAGGGUGGACCCCCGGCGGCCCAGCGCGGACGUCGCGGCGAUCCUGCGCGGCCAGGGCGACGCCAGGGCGCUCGAGCUGGACCUGCCCUGCGGCCCCGUCCUGCACCUGGUCAACACCCGCGACAUCUCCGACGUGGCACGGGACUGGAGGUGUUUUGCAACACCCCCCCAGCUGGUGCCCCUAGAGGGCGUCCUCCUGCCGCUGUCGCGGCCCGAAGGCGGCGCAGGCCCGCUCGGCGGCCGCCUGUCCACGUCGGACCGCGCCGCGCGCCGCGCGUACCGCGCAGCGGGCGCAUGGCUCGCAAAGCAACUCGCGCAUCGCAGCGGCCACCCGACGGACAUCCAGGCGCUCGCGCGCACCGCGGCGCUCGACGCCACGGCGCGCGUCGCGCUCGCGCACGGCCCCGCAGGCCGCUUCUCUCCCGCGGGGCCUGCGUCCAGGUCGACGCUGGAGGCCAUGCAGCGAGCGUUGGACGCAGCGCUGCCUGCGACGGCGGCGGCGGGGAUCGGGGCGCCGGUCGGGGGGCAGCUCGCGGGCGCGGUGGAGGAGAUCGAGAGGGAGAUCUACGCGGCGAUCGCGGGGCGCGAGGGCGGGACGCUCGUCGCGGAGGGCGAUGCGGACUUGCUGUCGGCGCUGCUGGCGGGGGGCCCGCCCGGGGAGCGCCCGCCUGAGAAGUUCCGGAGGACGCGUGCGGAGCUGCUGCCGGCGAUGACGACGUCCACUCUCGCGGUGUCGCACCUCGUCGCCGCGACGCUCCUCGCUCUGGCACAGCGCCCGUCGCGCCAGCAGCGCGCCCACGACGAGGCGGGCGGGCGGCCCGCGGCCUCAGCCUACACCGCGGCGUGCGUGAUCGAGACGCUCCGGCUGUCCCCGCCGGUACCGACGGUGUACCUGGGGUGCGUGCGUUCGACGCUGGUGGGGCCGUUCCGUGUCGACGCGGGGUCGUCCGUGGCGCUGAGCGUCCGCGCCGCGCAGCAGGACCCCCGCAGCGGCGUGUGGGAGCGUCCGAGCGCGUGGGUGCCCGAGCGGUGGACGCAGGGCGGCUCCGCGGGCACGGAAGCAGCAGCGCGGAUGGCCGGUGCGCUGGUGCCGCUGGGAGCGGGCGUGGCGUGCGGGCUGGACCGCCUGGAGCUGAUCGCGGGCGCUGCGGAGAUGGUCGGGGCGGUCGUGAACAGCGUGGAGCUCGGGGCGGUGCGCGGGUGGGAGCCGCACGUGCAGGAGGCCGUGCUGCCUUGGAGCGCGAACGGCGUGCUCGUGCGGGCGCGUGGGCGCUCGUGA